CUUGGAGCGGGAGCAUCGUUGGAACGUCGCCCCUUUCCUCUCCGCCAUUAUAGUGUGGAUCCAAUGGAGUGAUAUUGUGGUUAUCUGGAGGUUUACGCGGCGCCCGAUCCAUGGCGUGUGGAUGGAUACAAGCGUAGCGUCGAAAAUGGCUCGAUGAUGUCCACGAACUCGCAAACGAACGGGGCAAGCCUUGAAGAUUGCCACACCAAUUUCUUCGCCUUGACGGACUUGUGUGGAAUAAAAUGGCGAGUGUACGUGUGGGACAACCCUGGCGGAAGCUCCUACGUGACUGGCGGCGGCGGCGGCGGUGGCGGCGGGGGGUUGCCAGCUGACCCCCUGGAGGACCCGGUGCUGGUGUCCUACUCCCGAAUGAUCGCCGCCGACGUGCUGUGUGUGUGGCGCAAGACCUGGCGCGGCCCCCAAGACGUGCCCGCCUCGCCGCACAUGACGCACCAGCAGCACCACCACGCCCAGCACCAGCUCCGGCACUCCCUGCGGCACUCCCCGAAGGAACUCUGGGUCUUCUGGUACGGCGACGAGCCAGACCUCACCAACCUGCUGGCCCCGGAGCUCCUCAGAUGUGAGGACAUCCGCGGCGCGUGGGACUGGGAGAGCGGCCUGUCCUACGAGUGCCGGACGCUGCUCUUCAAGGCUCUGCACAACUUGAUAGAGAGAUGCCUCCUGACCAGGGACUUUGUGCGCCUUGGACGGUGGUUUGUGCAGCCUUACGAAGGGCCGGAGGGCGUCCCCGGCAGCAGCAGCACGCACCUGUCGUUCAGCCUGUCAUUCUUUGUCCACGGCGAGAGCAUCGUGUGUGCCAGCGUGGACGUCCGCCAGCACCCUCCCGUCAGAGAGCUCACACGCCGCCACCUGCUCCUCGCCCAACAGUCCAACCACGGCAUCCCAGUGAUAUUGGGUCCGUAUGGGCUGAGUGGCACGCUGACUGGAGUGAGUUACCGCCACUCUGAGCCCUCCAUACAAAAGCUGCUGGAUGAGUGGCGGCAGUUCUUCCCCGUCGAGACCAAAGCUCCGCCCACUGAGUCCCUGGAGCCCCCCCUCCCGGCGGCUGUAGAAGUUAUUGUUGGUGGCCACAAGAUGCGUUACCCGACGUGCUACGUGCUGGUCACAGACAUGGACGACUACUUAAUGGCCGGCCGGGGCACCAAUGUGGUCAACGUGGGCCAGGCCGCCCCCAGCAGCCUCAAGGGCGGCCUGACCAACGAGACGUCUCAGGAGGCCAGCGAGACCUCGGCCCUGCCGGCCAACAGCUCCCCCUUCAUGGCCUCCACCCACACCCUGCUGGCCUCCGAGUACCUCAGCUGUGGCGGCCGGGGGCUGGGAUGGUCGCGGGGGAUGUGCGAGCGGGUGUGGCAGGACGUGGUGCAGUGCCCCGGCCAGCUGCCGCCGACCCCGCACGACGGCCUCACCCCCGAGGGCGCCCUCAUCCCCGCUGAGAUCGCCGGCCAGUGGGAGUUCUCGGACCCGGCCACCAAGAUCAGCUGCUCCUGUGCCAAAUGCAGGAGGGGUCGGGUCAGUAAUAAAGGGUGUAGCAGCAGUAAGGGCCGGGGAGAAAAGCUUGGUGGAGGGGGAGGCAGUGGCCGUCCGCGAGGGGGCGGCUGCUCCCUGGCCGGCUGCAUCCCCUUCCACAAGAGGCCUCCUACGACGCCCUUGGCAGAGGCUGACCAGUGUGGCAUGCCGGCCAUCGAAGAUUCAGAGCUUUUGCAGGCCACUGCCAGAUUGAGUGGAGCCGGGACCCCGAGUGGAGGCAGUGGUGGCGGAGGCUUCGGGGGGUACAAGAGUGGAGGGGUGACCACGCCGGGCAGUGUCCCUUCCCUCAGGCUGACCGGGGUGAAUGAUGGCCCGCCCCCCUCUGUGGACUCCCCUGCCUCCAUCACGCCCUCGCCCCUGCCCACGCCGCACUCCCAGCCCUCCUCUGUGCCUCAUCACGACCCCACCAUGCCAACCCUCAGUCCACACCCUCCCCCCUCCAACACGUCCGUGGGCGACCCGCCAACGCCUGCGCCGCCGGACUCAGUGGAUGUCAAGCCCAGCAUGUCUGACCUCAUCGGACCCAAGUCUGUGUCCUCCCCAAACACACAGGGCAUGUCUCCCCUGGUGGGCGGGGACCGGAGCAACGGCGUGGAGUCCAGCGAGACAACCAGCAGUAUAGGUGGGAACGGCAGCAGCAAUAGCAGCGGCGGCGGCGGAGGCGGAGGCGGCUCAGGGGGUGGCGGUGGUGGCGGAGGGGGCACCAGCGGUGGAGGUGGCGGCAGUGGGAGUGGCGGAGGUGGCGGUGGUGGUGGCAGUAAUAGCAACACCACCACCACCACCACCACCAGCACCGGGGGUCCUCUGAGGGGGCUGAAGAGGCCUUCCCUGCCUGGCACCGACUAUCACUUCCUUCUGGAGCAGGAGAAGCCCAGCACCGUCCUCUAUGACUACACCAAGCUGAACGCAUGGCUCCACCACCCCAUCAAGAAGUUCAAGCCAGCAGAGCCCAAGGUGGAGGAGCCGCUGUGGCCACCCUACAGACCUGCCCACAUACAGGAGAAGAUGGAACCCUACAGGCAGGAGGUGGGACAGGAGGUCCCAGAGAUGAACGGCUUGCCCCUGAAGGACCUCCGAGGCAUCAAGAGGCCUGAGGACCCCUAUGACUUCGAGGAUGACCUUGGCUCCGGGGCCACCUUGGAGACCUACAAGAGGAAAGACGGUCUGGAUAAGGAGGAGGCCAAGACCCCGGGCAGUGUACAGUCCACGCAUGAUCCUCACUCCCCCUCGCAGCCAAAGAAAAACACUGGGAACCUCUACACCCUGGCCGGCCUCCAGCCCUCACUCUCAGACCUGGACGAGCUCUUUGACUCUGAUUCUCCAGUGGACGACGGCACCUUCCCGGACCACACUCCCCCAGGGUCCAACAAGCCCUCCGGGGGGCCGGAGGACACAGCGGCGGUGCUGAGCAACAAGGGCGGCGGCGCCGGGAACAACAAGUCAAGCGUCAGCGCCAGCCUGGUGGAGCUGACCAAGAUGUUCCCCACGCCGCCCUCGCACGAGCACAACCCUGACCAUGACACUGCCCUGGAGGAGGUCAUCAGUAUUAAGACGGAGCGCAUAGAGGAGCCCCGCGUGCCCCAGGUGGCGGAGCCAUUGGGGCACCUGGCCAAAGAGGAACAACCCCCGGUGCCGGCCGUUUACCGGCCUCCCUCCGUGGCCAUGUUCGUGGGCUCCUCCAAGUACGCCCCGCUGACCAACCUGCCCAGCCAGGAGCACAAGGCCAGCCCCAUCCCCGAGGACUGGCUCUACAAGCCCUCCUGCUCCUGGCAGUUCCCUGUCACCGAGAAGCCCCACAGCACGGCCCCGCCCAUCGUCCACAUGGGGCCCCACUCUGGGGCUCCCUCCUCCGCCCCCGCCAGCCACAGUCAGAAGGCCGGGGUGUCCCCCAUCUCCCCCAUGCCCCCCAGCCUAGGGGGCUCCACCUCCGACGGCGGCCCCGGGUCCCAGCGUGGGCCGGGCAGCGUCGGGCCUGCAUCGGCUGGGCCGCCCAUGAACUACGACCUGACCUCCCCGGCCUCCAACCAGUCGUCCUACCUGAGCAAGGCAAUGCCCUCGGUGGAGCCACCAGGCCCCACGCUGGGCCUGAGCCAAGUACCUGAAGCCACCUCCCUCAUCGUCAACAUCGCCCUCCAGGACUCAAACAUCAACCUGUUCCGGGACCACAACUUUGACUCCUGCACCAUGUGUGUCUGCAACAACAACCAGCGCAUCGUGGGCAACAUCCGUGGCAACGACGGCACGCUGUACCUCCCCCCCACGCAGCUCAGCAUGGAGGAGGAGAGCAUCUGCUGCAACUGUGGCUUCUCCGCCGUGGUUAACCGCCGGCUGGCCUUCCAGGCCGGCCUCUUCUACGAGGACGAGGUGGACCUGACGGGGCUGCACGAGGCGCUGGCCAACGAGUGCAAGAAGCAGUCGCUGCACCUCCUCACCGACAACAAGGGGGCAGAGAACCCCGACCGGGAGGCUGCGGCGGGUGCCAAUGCCGGGGCAAGCUCGGCGGGGCCAGCCGGGCCAGCGGGUGGGACAGGGCCUGGUACGGUGAGUGGGCCGGUUGUCAGUGGCGGCGGCGGCGGGGGUGGGGCGGGCACGCUGGACCAGCUGCCCCAGUCUCUGUUCCGGCUGCUGCAGAGCCAGUGCCUGGUGACGCUGAGCACACCCUCCAGCGUGCUCUACCGCUCCACCACAGUCUACCAGAACACGCGCCGCGACAUCCUCCUCAACAUCGUCGACUACAAGGAUGGCAACGAGAUCGCCUACCUGGCCGUGGAGCAGUCGCGGGGCGGCGGCCUCGGGGGGACCACCGAGGGGGAGUCUGGGCCCCCCGGCCUCAGGUUACAGUGCAUGCACAAGUGGUGCUAUUACCAGUUCAACGGCCCGCGCUGCUCCAGGGACAUUGUGCGCUGCAUGAAGGCCCUGCAGCCGCACCUUCAGGAGGCUAUUCAAAAGAAGGGGCGUAGGGUCAACUGGGAGCCGGUGUUCAGCGUGGACGGGCCGCUCACGUGGCGGCAGUUCCACAGGAUGGCGGUGCGGGGCACGGAGGACAUGGCGGAGCCGCUGCCCAUCCCCAUGCUGCUGGCCGGCCAUGACCGGGACUGGCUCUCGGUGGCCCCGCAGUCCCUGCGGCACUGGGAGAAGCUGCUGCUGGAGCCGUACUCCCAGCAGCGCAACGUGGCCUACGUGGUGGUGGCGCCAGACAACGAGUUCAUCCUCAGCCACGUGCGCACCUUCUUCAAGGAGCUGUCCUCCAUCUACGAGCUGUGCCGGCUUGGCAGGCACUCCCCCAUCCAGAGGGUCUUGAGGAACGGCAUCAUGAGGAUAAGCAAGACGGCCGCCUCCAAGGUGGCCAACGAGCCUCUGGAGGAAUGGUUCUCUCUCUUGGGUGAUUCUCACAUGUCCACCAAGCUCAAGCUCUACGCUCAGGUCUGCCGCCACUGGUUAGCUCCACACCUUGCCACCCUCAACAUGGACAAGAGUCUGUUUGAGAUGCAUGGUUCCAGCAAGGCCAGCGAGAGGCAGGCCCCCUCACCCAUGCCGCCGCCCUCCUCGGAGAACAUGUCCACCCCCAACCCCUCCACCACCCCCACGCAGACCCUGGAGCCGGACAACACCACCUCGUACUCCUCCUCAAACUCCACCUCCUCCACCACAACACCGAGCUCUCAGAGCGGCACGGUGCUGGGGUCCGGCGCGAGCUUGAACGAGGUUGAUGAGGACGACUCCCCGCCACCGGCCAUCCUGGUGUACCUGGUAGACCCCUUCAACGUGGGCCAGGACCACCCCGACAUGCACCGCCUGGUCACGCUGGGGCUCCUGCGCUGCUACGAACACAUGCUGGAGGGCCUGCCGGAGAGCAUGCAGAACAACGUAUACCUACAGAUAAUCUCCCUGGAGAGCAUCUUGGAGCUGGCCAGUGACUCCCACGACCGCUCCCGCCACAUAGAUCAACUCAAGUCCCUGGCGUUCUCAGUGUUCAUGCAGUGCCGCAGGACGCUGACCCACAAUGCCGCGGUGAAGUCCCUCACUGGGUUUGGUCCUGCUGCCGUGUAUGAUGCCUUCCUCAAGCCAAAGGAAGCUAGUCUCGCCGCUGAGGAGAAGCGCCUCGCCCCGUACCACAUCUUCUCCCCGGCCUACAUCCUGGCCCCCAUCAAGGAGAGCCGCGGCACCUACAAGGAGGCGCAGGAGGCCCUGGGGGUGCCGAGGGAGAAGUCCACCAUACUCAACUGUACCUACUGCCUAUCAGAAGACCAGCGAUGGUUGCUAGCCACCGCCACCGACGACCUCGGGGAGAUCCUGGAAACUGUCACCAUCAACAUUGAGAUCCCCAACAGAACGCGCAGAAAGAAGGCUUCAGCACGACGGCAAGGCCUCAAGAAGCUGAUGGACUGGAUUCUGAGUGUCAUGUCCAUUGGGGUCCACCCGUGGCGCCUCAUCGUGGGGCGGCUGGGCAGGAUGGGGCAUGGGGAGCUGAAGGGUUGGUCCUCGUUGCUGUCCCGCAAGUCCCUGAUCCAGGCCUCCAAGAACCUGAAGGAGAUGUGCAAGCAGUGCGCUUACCUCUUCCCUGGGGACUCGCCGUGCAUCCUCUCCGCCUGCCUGGUGUCCAUGGAGGCGGACUCCUCCUUCCGCAUGAUGCCGGACAUGUUCACGCCCGACGAAAGGUUUGGUCAGAACAGCCAGAACUGCAACCUCUCCACGCCCGAGGACCUCACCUGCACACACAUUCUCGUCUUUCCCACGUCAGCCAAGACUCAGUCUGCCCAGAAGAUGUUCCAGGACGAGCAGACCUUCGGAAACACGGACCUGCUGCUGGGCACCGACCUGGACGAGGACAUCGAGGUGGGCAUGGACACCAUGGCCAUCGGCCUCAACAUCAACGAGCUGCUCAUGCUGGAGACCGGCCCCAACCAGGACGACCAGCUGGAGGACGGCAACGGUCACCGGGACUCCCUCUCCCAGCCCUCCAGCCCCAUCAUGGGCACUGGCGGCCGCACCAGCCCCUCGCAGUUCUCCGGCCAGGCGCGCUCCAACGGCGUGGUGCUGGUGGACCCCCAGGAGGACGGCCGCGGCUCAGUGCUGCAGCAGCCCCUGGCCCUGGGGUACUACGUGUCCACCGCCUCCACGGGCCGGCUGCCGCGCUGGUUCUGGUCCGCCUGCCCCCACCUGGAGGGAUCCUGUCCCGUGUUCCUCAAGUCCGCCCUUCACCUCCACUCCCCCGGCAUCACCCAGUCAGAGGAGUUUGUGCACAACACCAACAACAAGGUCCACCCGUUGGACUCUUCCUACACCACAGACGUCCUCAGAUACGUGCUUGAGGGCUACAACGGCCUGUCGUGGCUGGUGCUGGACCCGGCCAAGCAGGACCGGCGGUCGUGCCUGCCCCUGCACAUGCAGGUCCUCUCCCACCUGUACAACGUGAUGGCCGCCCUGGUAUGAUGGCCCCAGGGCGGGGGCUGUGGCCGCGUGUCUUGAUAUCAGUAUUUCCUUGAGCUGUGGUGCAAUUGUUGGCUUUAUGGAAAGUGUCUCCUCGCUGGACUACAAAAAGUGCUCUUGAAGGAAAUUUCAAGCCGUGAUUAUUGUUUAUCAAAGUGUUCUUGUGAUCAUCGUUCUGUAUCUAUAAAUUUUAAAACUGUUGAUUCAGAUUCUCGUGGCGGGAUCUCUAAAGUCAUUUCUUAGGCGGAACAAGGGGCUGAAUUUUCUCACAUUGUCAUUUGAAUACCAAAAAUAAAGAGCCUCUUGUUUGUUUUGGUGAAAUAUUUUAUUAAAAUUAUUACUGAUUUUUACUCGUGAGUGAGUUUGUGCCUGGGUGACUCUUAAGAGGCUUACAAGGAGCCGCGGGUUUAGCGCAGUGCUACUGUGUGGCGGGAUCAGGGUGGCCGAGCAGAUGAACCAAAGCAUUAUUACAGUAGGGCUGAUGCAUAAUUUUCUAAUGCUCAAAGGGAAGGUGUUACCUCACAAAACUUGAAUUAUCUCAAAGAUCAAUGUAUAUAUACUUAACUUAUUGACCAGGAGUCCUCCACAAUGCAAUCAAAACAGUCCUGCCUUAGGGAGAGGGACGUGCAGCGGACCAUCUCGGCGGACAGGAGGAGCCGCGGCGCCGGCCGCGCGUUGUGCCGAAUCACACUCUUGGGCGAGCGUAGGCAGGUGGUGGGCCGCCGGUCCGUCAGGCUGGGCGAGGUUAGCCAGUGCAUUGUUAGUGACUAGUAUCCAAGCAGGAUUGUCUGUGAUAAAACGAGUGACAGAUUGUACUUCAUAUUGGAUAUUUAUGCCUUUUAUUAUUAACCGGUUUUCAGCAUCGUGGUGCUGGCGACGCGACUAGUAAGGCAGUGGUGUACAAGCCGGGUGGGCCCAUCUCUUAAGAGGCCAAGAGCCGCUGCCGCCCUAACGCUCCAGAUAGUGUACCGAGCAGCGCCAGAUUGUUCACUCACCUGUAGCCAAACUGUACAUAAUAUUUAGGAAGGUGACCUGCGAGUCCUUAGGUGGCGGCAGUGUGUGAUUGGCUCCCAGUGACCCCCAUCUCCCCCCACUGCUGGGUGUACAUAGUCUAGGUUACUUGUACAGCGAGACACACGUUUUACACCUCCUGACUGUUUAUAAGAGUUAAGAAGUAUUCUCUCCCUCUGCUGCAACCGCCUCCCAUCUUGAUGCAAACGGAAGGGGGUUGUAAUGUAAAAUAUUUCUGUCAGUAAAUUCAAUUGUUUAUUUUGAGACUAACGGAAAAAAACAUAAAAAAUCAAGUAGUAUUUAAGGUUAGAUAGUUUAAAGAAGUAUUUUACAAAGGAAACAUUUGUACAAGAAGUGAAUGUAUUUUACAAAGUGGAAGCCGGUCAAACCUUCCACGGCAAGAAAGUGCUUCACUCGCCUCAGGGCCGCGAGCAGCAGCAGCAGCGGCGGUGCGCGGUGCGGCCCGACAAGACAGUUCUAGUGGUGAGCGCGGCGCCGCGGGCUGCCACACUGGCCCAAGGGACUGAGGAGUGAAGACAAAACUUAAUGCACUUUUAUGCAUUCUUUUGAGGUUGGGACAGCCUUAUGCCAGCCAGGGUGUGUGUGGAGCAAGCUAUUUAUAUGUGUGUGUCGUGAGGAGUUGUGAGCCGACGACUGUCUACCAGAUGAACCAUUUCAGGAUUGGACCGUUUUGUUACAUUUUUUAGGAAAUUUGUAUUUUAUGAGGUACUAUAGCAUUUUAUAUGUAAAGUUUUAUUUAUGUUGAGUUUCCGACUAUGCAGUAUUGUAGAGAGAGUAUUUGAUGGGGCUUCAUCAGGCGUGUGACACUGCUACUGGACUCUUGAUAUUCUUCUUCGGACUCAUUCCACUCCUUCAAGCCAAAUUUUGAUCAGUGAAUAUUUUUUAAAAAAACAUUUGUGUGUGAAAUUAAGUACUAUUGAGGCUGCAAUAAAGUGACUGUAUGCAAUCACACAGAAAUAAAUGAGAUUAGCUGUGCAUAGCGUAGACAGGUAAGGUCAGGGUUGGCUAAGGGCCGGUGGCAGCUUCUUCCUUGCUCAAGCACUGUACUGUCUGUCCUCCCUCCUUCCUCCCCCCCCUCUCGGUGGCAGCAGCGGCGGCAACACGCUGCACGGCCUGGCACAAACCACCCCCCGGCCUCCAGCCUCGGCACAAAGAGAAGGACACAAGUCACAAGACACACACCACUACACUCACACUGCCAGCUCUGUGCUCUUCCUCCUCCUCCUCCUCCUGCUCCUGCUGCUCCUCCUUGAUACCUGAAUGAUGUAUAUUUUAGUCAUGUUCAUCACCACCAUGAUCAUCCAGUCUCCGCGCCGAGAUGCCAUUAUUAGAAGGCUUUAAUGUAAAAAUUAGCUGCAUUAACAUCAUCAUCUUCAUCCUGAUCAUAGAGUUAUAUAAGACCAGGCCAGGCUAGAGGUAGCAACAGCCUUUGGAGUUUUGUUUCAUUACACGACAAAUAAUUAAAGGAGUCUCUAUCUCAAAUUUUUAACUUAUUUUAAUUUUAAUGAUUUUCAACUUAUAUUACGAUUUAUACUAUUUAAAUUAUUCCUUUGUGUUCCCUGGAGUGGCCGUGUCUGUGGUGCUAAGGUUUGGUGUGAAGCGAGAGGUUGCCGCAAGGUGGAUGGCAACGGUUGGCCUCCUCUAUUUUGGAGCGAGGGAAACGUGCAGCAGCCUGGCCUCAGACCUUGUAGAGAGCAAGUGUCUGAGAGGUGUGCGAGGCAGCCAGGAACACUUGCCCAGUAUAGAGGAACAGGUCCAGGCCUCUGCUUCAAAGAGAUUAUCAGGUAGACAUUAAUUAGCCAGUCUGACCAUGUAUGAUGAGAAGUUAUUUAGCCACGAGUCAUAUUACUUUGAGAGAUGCAUUCCAGAAGUCACUCACGGCCGUUACCAGAAUUAUUUACUUGUGUUCCUUCCUCAUUGGCCGCCAGAAUACCUCAUUAGCACAGGUCGGAGUCUUGUUCAUCUCACACACGCACACACAUACACACACAUUCACAAGUCAGGGAGAAAAGAGUAAUAAUAAUGAUAAUAAUAGUAAUAAUAAUAAUAAAAAACACAUCCUGUUGUUCGUUAUCUCUAUACACCCUUCCUCCCCUUUUAUUGUACCUCAUACAUACAUACAUAUAUACAUACACACCCUCACAGACAAGCCAUGGGAAAGAGUAAUAAUAAUAAUAGUAAUAAUUUAAAAUCUCAUCACCCUUCCUUCCUUCCUUCCUUCCUUACAAUAAUUAUUUUUUUACCUCACUUACCAUACAUAAUUACAUACUCAUAGUCACGUACACACCCACACAGAGGCCAAGGGAAAGGGUAAUAACAAUUUAAAACCUCUUGCUGCCCUCCCUCCCUCCCUCCCUCCCUGUCUUUCCAUACCUCAUCUACUACAAUAAUUAUUUUUCAUCAUACACUCAUAAUACAUUCAUACACCCACACAGAGGCCAAGGGAAAGAGUAAUAACAAUUUAAAACCUCUUGCUGCCCUCCCUCCCUUCCUUCCUUCCUUUCCAUUACCUCAUGUACUACAAUAAUUAUUUUUCAUCAUACACUCAUUAUACAUUCAUACACCCACACAGAGGCCAAGGAAAAUAAUGAUAAUUGAAAACCUCCCUCCCUCCCUUUUUCCUUCCUUCCUUCCCUCCCUCCCUCCCUCCCUCUCUACAAUAGUUAUUUUUUUAAGAAGCUGACCCUCGCCUGACUCCCAGCAUAUCACUGUUUCGUUUGGGUUGUGCUGCCGCGGCCCGUGUGAGGUGCGUGAGAGUGUGUGAAUGUGAGGUGAGGGGGGCGGCGCUCCAGGCCCCCCACUGUCAUUAUUAUCAUUGGUAUAAAAUACAGUUUUAUGUGUAA